CGCCCGCGCGCCAUUUGAGCUUCUCUUCCACCACCCACGCAUACAGCUAUAUGCAGACAGAGAUCGCGUAUACGCGCGCGCGUCGUCGUAAGAUGUACGUCGUAUCGGGAAAAAUGCAGCCUCGAACUUUGGCCGCGCGCUUCUAGUUCCGGAACAUUUUCCCUAGACUGGACCGGCAGACUGGCCUGGUUUUCGCAGCUGCUCCAGCUGGCGGACCAUCCACCGAUAUAUUCGAUACUUAUCACUGGCUGAAUUACGAUGUGAAGCUCUGCCGAGCUUUCGGGCGAUGACGCGCCAUUGACACCUUGUUCGAGGUCAAAAAUGUGACAACAAAAUGUUCCGAUGGUCGACAGUGCUAUCGGGGGUCUUUCUGGCCCUCUCGAUGGCCCUGCCUUUCAGCAAGCUCGUGAUGCUGGCAUCUGGAAAUGGAAAUAACGGAGAUGUCACAGAAGCGGACCAAUGGUUAUCUGAAAUUGGACUCAAACAAUAUCGACCCCUGUUCAAACAAAAAGGUAUUUCGAGCCUGGCGAGUUGCGGCGAGGUCGAGGCGCUGCCGGAGCUGCCGCCCCAGGACGAGGAGCGGCUCCAACGCGCUGCGAGGCUACUCCAACAGCGGCUCGUUCUGCGCCAAUGGCUCGCCGACCACGGGCUCCACAAUCACUACCAGAGAUUGAUGCAGAUGGAGGUUGUGUCGCUGGAGGACGUCUACUGGGUAGAGGACAACGCGGCGAGGGCUGCACUGGGAAAAGACUUGCCCCGAUGGAUCCAGGCGAGACAAACGUUGCCGACUUCGAAGGAGGACCUGGACGUGCUGAAGGCCGACCUCUGGAGCUCCGUCGUCAAGAACAGUCAGCAUCAGGACGCCUGGACUUGGGGCGGGAUGCUGGUGGUGUCGGUGUCGGUGGCGGGCCUCGUCACCCUCGCGGCGAUGACGCAACCGGCUCUCGCGCCCGAGGCCAAACACUCUCUUCUCCAGUACGUCACCGGCAAGUACCUUCUGCCCAGUAACUGCAGGGUCCACUUCGAGUGGGACGAGCCGCAACUCGUUGGCGAGACGAUGACUUUUAACGUUAAGUUUUAUCAGAGAAACGGUCAACCAUAUCCAAUUUGCGACAAGGAUAAUCUAAUCGUCGAGGUGACUGAAGGCACUCGUAGAGUGGCGACUUUUAUAGAAUUAGGCGGCACCGACCCCCUGGCGGCCAACACAGCAGUCGUCAAAUUCACGGUGCGACACGCCGGACAAUACCGAAUCGCCGUGCUCAUUGGAUCUUGUCACGUUCACGGAAGCCCGUUUUUGAAAAAUUUCCUUCCUGGACCCCCGGAUCCGAACAAAACGGUUUUCGUGCGACACAGCUCGACCGUCGUCUGUACGGCCGGAAUCGCUCACUCCAUGACGAUCGAACCGCGAGACGAAUACGACAAUCUCUGCGUUUUCGGAAUCAAUGACAAGCCCGUCGAGGGCUACACUGUAAAUAUAACCCAGAUCGGUAGCUCAGCUGGCGACUCGUCCCAGACGCCGUGUAGCGUACAGUUAGAGUACGACACUCCUAACCAGCGAAUCCGGUUAAAAGUCAGCUUCCCGAAGGGCGGCUGCUACCACGCGACCGUCAGCCUGUCCGGCUUGCAGCUGCACAACGGAGACUUUGAUAUUAUAGUCUUAGAAAGUAAGGACAAUUGCGCAGUCGCUAGAGCUGUUCACAAUAACGUUGCUUCCAAGGACCCCGACAUCUGUUACGCGGCGAAGCUUUUAGGUAUGCAAGGCGAGAAGUUCUCGAAGCCCAAGAAGGUAUUCUGCUUCAUCUCACCGAAACAGCUGACGAUCAAGGAGUACUUGUUGAAAUUCAUCCCGAAGAGAUUAGUUACUUUUAGACUUUGCCCAUCCACCAAAUUUCACUUUGACAGUCCGAACAAUCAACACGAAGGCUACGACUCUUUCACGAUUGACGACGGAUGCCAACCCCCUGUUGAAUUGAUCUCACACUACCGCGAUAUCAUCGCUGCGACUUUCACGCUGUUCCUUCUGAAAAAUAUUGGCGGUAGCGAGACCUUCGCUGACAAGCAGGACUUUUUCUAUCACGAAGUUAGGAAGCAUCACCAAAAGCACUACCACGAAAAACUUUCCAUGAAGGUUCAACGCGACAAGUUGUUGGAAUCGUCGAUGAAGGCCACGAAAGGAUUUUCAGUGAGCGACUGGUGCCGAAACUUCGAGAUAACAUUUCAGGGAGAACAAGGCGUCGAUUGGGGCGGAGUGCGCAGAGAAUGGUUCGAACUUAUCUGCGCUGCUCUCUUCGAUCCCGGUAACGGGCUCUUCGAGUCCUUCGGAGAAUCUCAACAGGCCCUAGUGCAUCCUAACAGUAAACGACCCCCUCAGUUAAAGUUGAAGCAUUUCGAAUUCGCCGGCAGGAUCGUCGGCAAGUGUCUGUACGAAUCUGCAUUGGGAGGUUCCUAUCGGCAGCUUGUGCGAGCCAGGUUCACACGGUCCUUCUUAGCCCAAAUUAUCGGCCUUAGAGUACAUUAUAAAUACUUCGAGCAAGACGAUCCAGACUUGUACUUAAGCAAAGUUAAAUAUAUCCUCGAAAACGACGUCGAGGAGAUGGAAUUGUUCUUUGUCGAGGAAGAGUAUGACAAAGACGGUCAAUUAACAAAACUGGCAGAACUAAUUCCAGGAGGUAGCAAAGUUCGCGUAACAAACGACAUGAAGCUUCGAUAUUUAGAUGCCUUAGCUCAACACAGGCUAGCUAGUUCCAUUCGUAGUGAAGUUGAUCACUUUUUGAGAGGAUUGAACGAGCUCAUUCCGGACAAUCUUCUUGGAAUUUUCGAUGAAAAUGAGCUAGAGUUACUCCUCUGCGGAACGGGAGAAUAUAGCGUCACCGAUCUUCGAGCUCAUCAUAUCGCAAAUGGUAGCUCCCCUGAGUUCCUGAGAGUUCUUGACUGGUUCUGGACAGCUGUAAGCAACUUCACGCAAGAGGAAAUGGCACGACUACUUCAGUUUACCACAGGUUGUUCCCAACUUCCUCCAGGAGGCUUUCAACAACUCAGCCCGCGUUUCCAAAUCACCGCUGCACCCACUUUUGAGAACCUUCCAACGGCACACACAUGCUUCAAUCAACUCUGCUUGCCCGACUACGAGUGCUAUGAUCACUUUGAAAAGGCACUACUCCUGGCUAUCAGCGAAGGGACCGAAGGUUUUGGAAUGAUUUAAAAAAAAAUAUCAAUAAUAUCUUCUAGUCAAAACUACUAGUUCAGAUGUUGCAGACAUCGUCUAUUGAUGGCUGUUUUUCUUCACUCACUAUACACUUGAAUACGAAUUACUGGCCCUAGUCAUCUAGUAGUUCUGAUAGAACAGUCUGCAGAAAUAUAGAUCCUAAUCCUUUUUUAUACGGCAAAUAACAGUAUCUGUUUUUGAUAAAGAUAUAAAGAUUGGAUUCGCAAAGUGUUAUUAGAUUUUAUUUAAAGACUCGAGGGCUGGUAUUUGUAUUAUUAACAAAGUAACAAUCAGUGACUAACGUACUCUUUUGUAAAUAUUUUUUUUAUAUAACAGUUUAAUAUUUUGAAUAAUUUAAUUUAUCGAAUAACGCUUGGAUUUCAAUCGAUUCAUUUACCUGGCGCUAGCGUAUUUUUUCCGGUGAAUUGAUUGAAUGUCGCAUCACAUGGUUGUAAGAUUUUUUCAACAGUAACGCCAGCCCUUUUACGACAAAUAAUGAGAAUCUAACUUUAUUUUUUAUUGACGCGCUUUACAACAUUGUAUUUGUAAAUUUAAAAAACUACCGUAGGUUAGAUAAAAAAAAAAUACUGUUAGAUGUUCAUGAAACUGUGUAUGUAUUAUAUCCUUUUUUAUAUUUAUUACGCUCCUGUCGCUUUAAGAUCGUGGCAAAUGAUAUUAAGAAUUUAAAAGAGAAAAUGUAAGCGCAGAUAAUACGUAAGCAAAGUAGUUGCGUGAUCGAUAAAAGACAAUUUGUAGGCUGCAUACUAUAGAAGAACGUUGUGUACAUUGAACUUAUGCCGUUCGUAAGAUACCACAAAGAUGUACAUUUACGGCGUGAAACGGCGGUAAAAUGAAGUAAAAAAACGAUUGGGCAUAAUCAAAA